GAAUCGGAACUGAUCGUUACCGAAAGAAGGAAGUGAUCAAGGUGAUUUUAAUUCGGGAACGGGAAUUGGCUGUCGGUGUAGGAACUGAGGUUGGUUAAGUGAAAAAUUUUAUUUCGCGAUAAUUUCGUUAAAUAGAACAAAUUUUGAAUUAAAAACACCUCCGAUACCUUUAUUCUAAAAUAAUCUCAUUGAUAAUUUAGUCGCGGAAUCCAUCUUUCCUGGGAAUUGAUUAAAAAUAAGUUUUUUAAAAUAAUUUAAUUUUUCCAAGUUAAACCCAAAAUUUUCGAGCUCAAAAUUAACUAGCCCUUACUUAUAUUCAGUUCAUUAAAAUUAAGUGCUUCCUGUUGCCUAGUGUACCUAUUUUACCAACAGUUCGGAAGUUUUAAAAAUCUGAAAAAUGACGACCCCAGUUAAAAAAGUACCUAUUCAUCUACAAAGCUCACAGAACCGCCUUUUGAUCAAAAACGGCAAAAUCGUCAACGAUGACGACGUUAUAGACGAAGACAUCUAUAUAGAAGAUGGUAUUAUCAAGCAAAUUGGUAACAACCUUAUCAUACCUGGAGGAACAAGAGUUAUUGACGCCAGAGGAAGGUACAUUUUGCCGGGUGGUAUUGAUCCACAUACCCAUUUCGACUUUGAAUUUAUGGGAACCAAGACGGCGGAUUCCUUUUAUAGUGGGACCAAAGCUGCUAUUGCUGGAGGAACUACAAUGAUCAUUGAUUUUGUGUUCCCCAAAGAAGACGAAUCAUUGUUAGACGCAUUCUACGAGUACCGUCAAAAAGCUGACGGCAAAGUAUGUUGCGACUACUCGCUGCACGUCAUCCUCCCUCGUUGGUCUGAACAAAUCAAGAGGGACAUGGAGAUACUAGUCAAAGAACACGGCGUCAACUCCUUCAAAGUCUUCAUGGCCUAUGGUUUUAUGUUGAACGACGCAGAGUUAUAUAGCGCCUUCGAACAUUGCCAGAAUUUAGGUGCUCUUGCUCAAGUUCACGCUGAAAACGGAUCUAUCAUCGCCAAAAACGCUGAACGGUUGCUGGCUCAAGGCGUAACUGGUCCUGAAGGACACGAGAUGUCGAGGCCGGAGGAGGUAGAGGCUGAAGCUGUCAACAGGGCUUGCGUUAUAGCGAAGCAGCUUAACACAGAUACUAACCAGGUGAACGCCCCACUUUACGUGCUUCACGUCACUACCGACAAAUCCGCAGAUAUUUUGCAAAAUCACAUCUCCGAGGGUAAUCUGAGAGCGUUCGGAGAAGUGGCGGUGUCAGCUUUUGCGGUCACCGGCAAAGCUAACCUCAAUUUCAUCACAUCACCACCGAUUAGGUCUAAUGUCGAUUCUCAUAAAUUGAUGACUUUUUUGGCAUCAGACGUUCUUCAACUGACAGGAAGUGACAACUGCACAUUCAAUAAAUCCCAGAAGGAACUCGGUAAAAACGAUUUCACGAAAAUUCCAAAUGGAGUCAACGGCGUGGAGGACAGAAUGUCUGUUAUAUGGGAAAAAGGCGUGCAAACUGGUAUUUUAUCACCCAGUAGAUUUGUGGCUGUGACAAGUACAAACGCUGCCAAAAUAUUUAAUUUGUAUCCUAGAAAAGGAUGUAUCGCUGUUGGAUCCGAUGCUGAUAUUGUUAUUUGGAAUGGAAAUGCUACCCGCACAAUAUCUGCAGAGACGCACCAUCAAGCAGUUGAUUUUAACAUUUUUGAGGGAAUGACGUGUCACGGAGUUGCGGAAUAUGUAAUAGUUAACGGAAGAGUUUGUUUGGACGAGGGGCAGUUAAGAGUUGUGGAAGGGCACGGCCACUUUGUUGAAACCCCAGUAUUUGCACCAUAUGUAUAUAAUCCUGAGGAAUUGGAUAAGAUCAAGCCGUCAAGAUAUGAUGAUGAUGAGUAUCUUGAAAUAACACCUAAAGUACUUAAGAUCAAACUGUUAGAUGAUCCGUGUCCGACACCAACUUUGCCGGAAUCAAAUGUAUCGACUCCUUCCAUGAGGGGAAUGAGACCAGAAGGUCAAAGAAAUAUACAAGAGAGUACAUUUUCUCUUACUCAGGAGCUUGAUCCAGACAGGAAGUCCUCCAUACGCGUCAGAAAUCCCCCAGGUGGCAAAUCCUCAGGAUUCUGGUGAAGACCACGAGCGCUUUGCUUCUGCAACAAUUAUAUUUUGCAAUAAGAUACCAAAGCUUAUUUAAUAGUUAAUCAUUUUUUUAAUGUUUGUUUGACUAAGUUAUGUAAGUUAUUAUAUUUAUAUGUAUAUGCAGCGGAUAUCAAAAUGUUGUGUUGUUAUAUUGGUAUAGCGUUUUAAAAGUAUAUUAAUUCGAUCGUUUAUAAAUGUUUACAAACAGUUCGUCUUCUACAUAUCCGACUAAAAUUAAAUCAAUUAACGAAAUUUAAAGCUUUUUAAAUGUGCUAAAAUUUACAAUUUUAAUUUAAUAGUUAUUUAAUCCGACUCGAAGGACCAAUGUAAAGGUAUAUUGAAAUAAUUGAUUUUGGUUUCGUUAGUUAUUCAUUAUAUUUUUUUUUCUGGUGAUAUGGUACUGACAGGAUUGUACGACUACCUCUUAGAGUCAAGUCAAAGAGAAGCAUAGUUACGUAUAACAAGAACUGUUCUACUAAUUGUUCACUUUCGUUUCAGUAGAAAAAUUACAUUUCAAUAUAAAUGUUUACCUACAUUAUUUUUUAACAAUAUUAGAUUUUAAUAUCUUUGGAGAGCUCGAAGUAAUUCUACUUCCAGAAAAAAUAGCUUUAGUGCGCACUAGAAUACAUGAAUGCCCUAUUAGUUAUAAGUUUGUCGUCUGUUCAAAUUAUGACAUGUUUCGCUCUAUAUUGGAGCUAGCAUGUAUUCAACUUAUCACUGCCUUCGGUCAAAACUGGGUGUAGCACAUUAAGGUCGAAGACAGACAUUCUUUUACAAAAAGGACAUAGUAUCGAUGCCUAGGAGGUAUCGAUAAUACAACGCCAUCUAUUUCAUCAUCAUCAUCCAGCCUUCUGCAUCCAAAGUUGAACAUAGGCCUCCCCUAAUUUCUUCUAGUUUUGUUGAUCUUGGGUUUCCUGUAACCAAUUCCCAGCAAUCCUUUUGACGUCGUCUGUCCAUCGUGUAGGUGGUCAGCCUCUACUUCUUCUGUCUGCUCUUGGUCUCCACACUGUAAUUUUUUGGAUUUACCUCCCGUCCUUCAUCCUGGCUACAUGGCCCGCCCAAUUCCACUUCAGCCAUGCUACUCGCUCUAUGACAUCUGUGACGCCGGUUCUUCUGAAUUCUUCGUUUCUGACCCUGUCUCUGAGAGUCAGUCCAAGUAGUGACCGUUCCAUACUUCUUUGAGCCACAGUUUGGUUGCUGUGGCCUGGGUUAACGAUAAUGUUUCGGCGCCGUAAGUCAUGGCUGGAAGCACAUAUUGGUCGAACGUCUUCUUUUUUAAUUUGGCAAGUUGCUCUUAAAGAUGUCUGAUAGAGCUCCAUAUGCGGCCCAUGCUAAGGUGAUCCUUCUUUGUAAUUCGGCAGUUUGAUUGUCCGUGACAAUCUAUUUAGGCAGCUUAAAAUGCCCAUAAACCAUAACAGAAUAGUUAUAAUAAGACGAACUGUUUGUUAAUAGUUUUUUGAAAGGUAUUUACAAUUUUAAUAGGAGAAUAUGAAUGUUCGUGUAGGUUAAUUACAAAGUUACACACGGUUUGGGUUUUGACAAUAUAGGUUUUUAGUCAUGCUAGUUUAGCUUCAUAAUUUAGUAGCAUGUCCUAAAUCUGUUGACUGGGUUACUUGUUAAUAUCUCUAUUAAAUAAAUUCACAAACUCCCUUUUAUUUAAACACAGAGGAAAUUCUCUAUAAGUCGGAGUGCAGAAUCCUUGGUAACUAUCUGGUGCCUGAGCUUUUUAUAAAUUUAUAAAGACACAGGCCGAUAAAUAGCCCGAAUAAUAUCCCGUGUAUUUCUUUUCGACUUUUCAAAUCUAAAGGCUUUGCCAAAGAAUGGAAAUAAAAGAAAGUUAGAAUUGGAUAAAAAAACUACAAAUAGAUGUGAUCUGACAAAGUGGUGUCUAAAAAGUUCUUGGUUCUAAUAAUGGAAACGAAAAUUUAUGCGUUCAGAGAAGUUUUGUUUCAAAACAAUAUCCUCUUAUUUCAUCCAAUGGUGCUCCAACGAACGCCAAAGCUUCUCUUUCGUUUUGUCUGGAAGUGAUACAUCAUCUACAGCCGCAAUGGAUUCUUGAUUAGAUGAAGUGCUGACUAGUUGGGAAGGUUUAAGUUUUGAAAACAGAUGAAAUUUUAAGGGAGCCAGAUCUAUGCGAAUGCGUUUGUAUUUCUAAGUCAGUACAAGCAGUACACAUCUUCCGCAAACCUUUUUCCUGUUUCUGGUUGCAAUUUCUGAUGUAACACUGACCAGCACGGCCAUUGGACGGCAUCAGAGCAUUAGAAAUUUUACGGGGCUUUAUACGCUAAUAUUUCAAAACCAUAUCAUGUUCCUUGUCGAUGAUUUCUUGUGUGAUUGCACUUUUUUUAUCAGUUUUGUGUGGACCGAUUUCAUGUUCAGUUUAAACUCGACUUCCGUUCUUUGCGGAGGGUAUUGAAGGUGAGGAGUUGCCAUGUAAUUUAGAAGUCUCAAACGAAUUUCGGGCGGUGUUAAACCUUCUUUUACGUAUUGUUCUGAAGCUAUUUCCUUGUGUCAUUUUUAUGAUUAACUAUUUAGAUGGGAAAUAAGCCACAAUUAAAUUGAAAAAAUAAUUUUAUUAACGUUUCGACGCCCACUCGGGUGCCGUUGUCAAAAUACAAAACACUACUAAUGUAAACAAAAAUGUUUUUGCUAAGUAAAAAAAUUAAAAUUCUUUUACGUAGAAUUUUAUUACUGAACAAUAAGUACUCACUUUUUUCGUUUUCAUCAUCAAUCACACCUCUACUGCUGCCAACAACUGAAUGCCUACUUAAUGUCAACUGACUGCAUAACUUGCAAUUUUAUAUCUUCUUCUCAAGAUGCCUUCUUCUUUCGAAGGUUGGCGAUUAUCACGACUAUCUGUAUUCUGUUUACUUACAGCUGCCCUAAAAAGCUGCUGCGAGCAAUUAAACCCUCUUUGAUGUUGCGUAGCCAUGACAUUUGUCGCCUUCCAAUACUACGCUUUCCUAUUCUUUCCCAGCAUAAUAUUCUGCAGAAGCUGGUAUUGGCUGUGAGCCGAUGAGUAGAAGGGAUUUGACAGUUUUCCCCAGCGCUGUUAGAACAAUUUUAUCAGAAAAGUACAAGUUUCAAAGCCAAUAAAAACAGAGGUAACCUCUAAAUUUCACAUAAACUUCUUCUUUUCCUCAAUGGCCUCUUGCGUAAGCAGUGAUCCAGUCGCACGAAUUUAUAUAUUAAACUUCUACUUUUACUAUUAAUUAUGUGAAUUCGUUCAGUAAGCAGGUUACAAUAAUAUUUCAGUUAAUAAUUUGUGUUUUUCUAGAUAAAUAUUUAUUUUUCUCGUUUUGUAUAUUUCACAUACACCAAUUUUAUCACAAAAGUACAAGUUUCAAACCGCGAGACAGCGCUACCGUCGAACCUCAUAGCCAAUUGUGUUUAUCUCAUCACGUACCCUAAAAUGGGGCGAAUAGGAACAGUGGGGUGAAUAGGAACAAAACUUUACUAAACAAUUACAAUAAUCUUCCUAAACAUAUAUAUUACUUUCGUUGGGCUAUUUAAUUUUUUUCAAGUUGACUAACGUGAUAUGGCUUUAGGAAAUUUAGGUUUGUGUUGUUGGCGUCACUGGUUCCUAUGUUCUCGGCGUGCAAACAAAGUCGUUAAUUUUGAGGAUAUUUCUCAUCCUAAAAUACUUUCUCAGUAAGUACAAAAUGUCUGUCAAAAUGGAUUGAAGAGUAUUGUUUUUUGUUUAUUCUAACCUUUACAACAAUAUAACAUGAUGGUAUUUUGAUUUAUCUGUUAACUUUUUUUGUUAACAACAAUUAUUACUCUUCACGUUAUGAAUUUGAGAUAUGUGGGGUGGAUAGGAACAUAAUAUUUACCGUGUUGCCAUUCACCCCACAUAUUAGAAAUUACUUUUUUUAUCUAAUAUCUCCAUAGAGUAAGACCAAACGAAACAAUAUCUCAUCUAACAACAAAUUAUACAUAUUAUAUUGAUCCACACAAAGAGAAUAGAAAGAACCAUGCCUUGCAAAACGUGUUUCUAGCGGUUAGCUAUCAUCUCCAAUCCAAAACCAACUUCUACCAGGGUUCUAAACCACGUGUGGUAUUAAUGAACACAAUUUUUCCAAUUAUUAUGGGCACUCAUUAUCAGCAUCCGGCUCGAAGGACCAAAUGUGGAUUCCGUAAAUUUGAAAUAAAUAUUUAUACGGGUUUCUGCAAUAAUCAGAACUGCUGUCCAAAAAGUUUAAAUGUAUGUCAAGACGCAACAAGAACCAUGAUGAUAUGUGGCGCAAAAUAGUUGAGGAAUGAAAAACAGGACCAGGCAGGAAUGAAUACAUAAUAGCUAAAGACAAGUUUCCUAGACGAUUAAAAUAACUUGUUAAUAGUCUUUCAGAGAAAAAUGCCAAAUUAGACUUUAAAAAAUAUUUUUCAUUUCAACAAUAUAUGAAUGGUGGGCUGCAACAAUGUUGUAAGCGACAGAAUUGAGAUUAUGCAGGAGAUGAAAAAAUCAUAUUGACAUAAGCUAUUUAUGAACAUACGGAUACCAACAUUGCGGUACGAAAAACUCAGGGAAGGCAAAAUGUUUUUGGCCAGAUUGAAAGAUGCUCGCAUUGGUCUUUGGAUAUACAAUAAUAUUGCAUUAAAACCUCACUUUGACCCAAUAUGUUGCUUACAACAUUGUUGCAGCCCACCAUUCAUAUGUUUCCAACAAUACAAACUUUAUAUUUAUUUGUGUAUGUUACUUUACACCCUAGACACUUUUUGCCUGUUUUUAUUAACCAUACACAUGUACGAAUAGGAACACAAUAGUUUUUAAACAGAUGUUCCCAUUCACCCCACUUUGUGGUGAAUAGGAACACCAGGUUUUGAUUAUUUUGUGAUUAAAGUAUUAACUUUUUAAUUUAUUAACAUCUAAAUAUGAAAAGAGGAAGGUAAGACCCAAAUAACAAUGCAUAAAUUUUAUGUUUGCAAUAUGUGUUAGUGACAUUUUUUUUUCAGUUGAAAGUUGAAAACCGUUCCUAUUCACCCCAUUUUACGGUAGCCAAUGUAUUGUAGUUUUUAUGUAUUUAUUUCAUACUUCAUCAAGUUUUUAUAUCGUCUCUACUAAAAUGUGUAUCAAAGUUAAGGGGAAAAUCAUUCGAGUAUUGUAGCGAUCUCUGGUCGAGGCUGAAAACCUAUCAGGCCAUACCAAAAAAUAAACAAUAUUUUUCAAAAAAGUGCAUUAGACGAUAUAUGUACAAUGGUAGCUAAAAUAAUAUUAUAAAAAGUAGAGAAAACAUCUAAACAUAGAUCAAUACCGUAGAGAAAACAUCUAAACAUAGAUCAAUACCGUUGACUAAACAGCUAUAUUUUGUGUCAAAAUCUAAAUGUAACUAAUAUUAGAGUAAGUAUGUUUGACCAUUGUUUCAAAGAUUCGUUUGGUAUGUUGUUUAUAUUUGUUUUUAGGUUAAGUUUUGUCGUUAUUUAUCGUAACCUAACCUUUUGGUACUUUGGUAUAUCAUGAAUGUAAUGCUAUGUCAUAAAUAAAUAAUAUAAAAUAUAUAA